CGAGGGGACCUUUGGGGUACUCGUACCUGUAAAAGGAAUAGCCCGACCGCGACCUUUCCACGUCGCUCGAUCCUCGCUUACCUAGCACACCGCCCACCACUCACUCGCGGCCACCACGAUCUCGCUACAAACAUUUCCUAAAGUGUCCAAGAGACCCUCUAAAUCGACCAAAAAAACUGCAAAAAAAUCCUAACACCUUUUAGGUGCCGCCAGGGAGCGUAAACCAGACGUACUGAGUUUUUCUAUUGGGCUAUCAUUCCUGCGCUCUUCCGUUUUUAGCUAACAGGCACUAUACUUCAGUGUGUACGGCCGUUGACCCAAUGUUACCACUGAACCAGAUAGACGAUAUUCCGGAGAAGCGUACAAAUGAUUGACGAUGAGUUGCUUGCUUGGGUCUUUAAAGAUAUGGGUGUGUUUUUGUGUCAGUAGGCGUGGGAUCGGUAUGCGAAGACCAGAAAAUUCUUUGUAGAUGACCUCAUAAACCUCUAGUUACCUAUUACUAGACUGGCACUUGCAAAUUCUUAGGUCAGAAAGCAAGAUACUUGAACGAUGCAUUCCUCCUAUCUUCCCAUUCUCUUCUUCACUUUUAUUCCACGUCUCGUUAUCCUUUUUAUAUAUACAUAGAACUCACUCAAACUUCACCAUGGCGCCCAUACUCACAAACCGAAGUCUUUCCCUCAACUAUACGCUCCCUGCCCUCCUCGCCCAAAAGCCCAUGGCCCUCCUUUCAAACUACACACCACAGUCUACAAAUCCACAGAAUGAAUCAAAGGACAACAAUAUCGAUGCUCCCUUCCUAUUGCCAGGGGUUGUAUUCUUCAUAAUAGUGUUUUUACUUAUCAUGUUUGGAAUACUUAUUUGUAAGCCCCUCUUCCGUCGGCGAUUCUUCGCUGUCUACUCAACAUAGAAUGGGACAGAGAGAUUAUGCUGAUUGCAAAUAGAUAUCGAAAUGGCGCAAGAAGAAAGAGAAGAAGAGGAGAGGGCGAUGCGAAAAGUCAUGUAUGCAGAGAUGAGAUGUAGGAUUUCAUCUUUUCCGCGCUAGUGUUCAUUGUAGCUACGCUACUGGUACUAAUAUUGAAUAGACGCAGAAGAGAAAGACUCAUCAAUACACACGGAGUUAUCAUCGUGAUCAGAAGAAAGAAUAGCACUCGUCUCUUUACUGUCGCCCGAGGAAAUGGACAUCGUGGAAGAAGGGUGCGAAAGAGAUUAUGUCCUAUUUGACGACAUAUCACUCUCUGCACUUCGCUUGUUCGUCAGCGUUGCUGAAAUGGGUGCCCUUCGUCUUUCGAAUUGACGAAGCACGUAUGAUGCGUUUGGCUUUAUAGAUUUGGGCAACAAGUACUUGGAAUAUAGAGAAGAUGGGGGAUGCUGAAAUACUUGCUGUUGCGCUGGCUAAAAAUGGUGGCAGGUGGUUAAGGGCGUCUGUUGAGGAGUUAAAGAAGGAGAUAAGGUUGUACGCGUAUGCUUAGGC